AUGGAAGCCAUCAACGUGCUCUCGAAAUUCCUCAGGAUGAGGCCCAAUGUGUUCUCCUACAUGGGGACCAAGGACAAGAGAGCCAUCACUGUGCAGGAGAUUGCAGUUCUCAAGGUCACAGCAGAAAGACUGUCUCACCUCAACAAGUGCCUCAAUAACUUCAAACUGGGAAACUUCUGCUACAAGAAACACCCUCUGAAACUGGGAGAACUACAGGGCAAUCACUGUGGUCAUCAGGAGCAUCACAGGGACAGAGGAGCAGGUCCAGCAGGCCAUGACCUCCCUUAGAGAGACAGGCUUCAUCAACUACUACGGCAUGCAGCGCUUUGGCACCACCGCCGUGCCCAAACACCAAGUUGGCAAGGCCAUCUUGCAAGACAACUGGAAUUAAGUGAUAGAUCUGAUCCUGAAGACUCGCCCUGGAGCGGAGAAAGGUUACCUGGUGAAGUGCCGUGAGGAGUGGGCCCAGUCCCAGGACCCAGAAGCAGCGCUGAAGAAGCUGUCUGUUAAACACUGUGUGGAGGGACAGCUGCUCCGAGGUCUCUCCAUGUACGUCAAGAAGAACAUCAUCACUGCCUUUGCAAUGAUCCCUCGUAACAACCGGCUGAUGUACAUCCACAGCUACCAGAGCUUUAUGUGGAACACCAUGGUCAGCAGACGCAUUGAGGCCUUCGGAGUGAAGGCUGUGGAGGGAGACCUCGUUCUCAGGGAAGGCACUGCAUUCGUGCUGUCCGCAGCCGAGGCCGAGACCCACUCUAUCCAAGACGUGAUGAUGCCCCUACCAGGGUUUGAAGUCAUCUACCCCACUCACCAUGUGGGUAAGGGCUACAGGGAGAUGCUGAGUGCAGAUAACCUGGACAUUGACAACAUGAGGCACAGGGUGAGGGACUACUCUCUGGCCGGAGCCUACCGACGUAUCCUCAUCAAACCCAGUGACGUCAGCUGGGAGGUGAUUAACUAUGAGGACCCUCGUGUCUCCCUGGUCCACACUGAUGUGGAGAAACUAGAGGACCAACCUCCCCCAGUCUUCAACAAAGAGGGGAAGUACAGGGCUCUGAGGAUGGAGUUCUCCCUGCCUCCCUCUACCUACGCCACCAUGGCCAUCAGAGAGGUGCUCAAGAUGGACACCAGCAUCAAGAACCAGACUCAGCUCAACACCACCUGGCUCAACUAA